AUGGCCAACGGGAAGCCGACGUUGUAUCACCUCAAUAACUCCCAGUCCCAAACCAUUCUGUGGCUGCUAGAAGAGUUAGGGAUUGAAUAUGACCUCAAGCUCUUCAACCGCAUCGAGCAGCGGUCGCCGCCCGAGCUCAAAGAGACCCAUCCCACUGGCAAGUCUCCGCAGCUUAUGACGCCUACCGGACGCGUGAUCACCGAGCGUAGUGCUAUCGCGCUAUAUCUCAUCGAGACUUACGACACGUCGUCGAAGUUCAAGAUUCCGUCUCCUCCUGCCCAGGCCGAUGACGACUUCUUGAAAGAAGAUUCCCUCAUCUCCUUCGGCAACUCUACUGUAAUGCCAUUGUUCAUGCUACGCCUCGUCUUCAUGCAGCUGGUCAAGAGAACGCCGUUCUUCCUGCGCUGGCUAGUAUCCACAAUCAGCAGUACCCUUGACAAGGCUUUCCUUUCUGCGGAAAUUGGGUUGCACCUGAGUUAUUUCGACUCUCUGUUAGAGGGCCGCGAGUACGUGAUGGGAGGAGCAGAGCCAACGAGGGCCGAUUUUGUCAAUCUAUGGUACUUUGACUGGGGAGCCCAGGGAAAGUAUUAUGAGGUGCCGAAGUACAAGAACAUUGACGCUUGGAGGCAGAGAUGUCUCAGUAGGCCGGCCUGGAAGCGAGCGCUUGAGAAGGGCAAUGGUUAUGACCUCAGCGAGGGGUGA